UCCCUCCCACUCCCCUCUUUCCUCUCCCUCCCUGCGCCCAAAUUCCCUCUCCUUCUCUUCCUCUUUUCUUUUUUCUUCUCUCCCUCCCUGCACCCAACUUCCUUCUCCCUCUUUUCCUCUUUUCUUUUUUCUUUUCUCCCCCUCCCUGCACCCAACAUUCUUCAGCCUCUUUUCCUCCUUCCUUCUCCCUCAUCUGAAUCCGUACAGAAAAACAAGAGGAGUCACAAUUGAAUCUACUUUGCUCUCUCAAAUAUUAUUCAUGAGGAACUAUUUAUGCUCUUUGCAUGGCGGGGAUAAUGAACCUUCGAAACAUGUGUUUACAUGUUUGCAUGAGAGCUUCAAAGCAAAGGAUAAUAAAGGAUUUAUGUUUGUAAUUACUUAUAUUGUAAAUUUAAUGCUUUUACAUUUGGAAUGAUAUUGUAUUUGGAGUAAAGUUAAAGUUUUUACAUUUAGAAUGAUAUUGUAUUUGGAGUGAUUUUAUUCUCAAAGAUGUGUGUUUUUGUCGUGUG